UGCUCAGUGCACAGUUUGGUGUCCAAUGUGCAGGUGCAGUCAGUUACACGGAAAAUACGCAGUUUGGUCAAAAUUACGUUUGGUUGUAACGUAAAAACGAUUUUUCGUCAUGGGCGACAGCGACAGCACACUGAGCGAUUCCAAUGAAGCAAUAUCCGAACGUAUAAGUGAAACAUCAACAAGAGUGUCUGCGGUGGCGAUACCUCCUACUAAAAAACAAAAAUAUUCCUCUUCGUUUCAAGAUUCCUGGGCACAAAAUCAAGACUACAAAGAUUGGCUGGUGAAAGUCGAUAGUCUUACUGCAAAAUGUAAUGCCUGCGUUGUAAAAUUUACCGUAAAAUAUGAGGGCGAAAAAGCCGUAAAAACUCACUUGAAAAGUAAGGGACAUUUCGCUGCCAUUAAUAACCGUACAACAAAUAAUUUAAUUACUGCAUUUUUACCUAGAAAAAAUAACGCCGAAGAAAGCUCUGUGUCCAUCAUCGAAAUUGCCCAGGUUUAUCAUGGUGUCAAUCAUCACCACAGCUAUCUAAGCACGGAUUGUGCAAUAAAAUUAAAUUCGAAGCUUUAUCGAGAUUCUGCUUUGGCGAAGAAAGUACACUGCGGUAGAACAAAAGCUGAAGCCAUUGUCGAGAAUUGCCUGGCUCCUAAAAGUAUUGAGGAUGUCUUGGAAGAUAUGCAGGUCAAUACAGACACAUCAUCACCAUUUUCUGUUCUAAGUGACGCAUCUAAUAAAGGAAACCAAAAACUUUUUCCGGUUGCCGUGAGGUACUUCAGCGUUAAAAAUGGAAUCCAGAAUAAAUUAUUGGAUUUUGUCGAAAAUAAUGACGAAUCUUCCGCAUCAGUAACAAACAGCAUAGUGAAAAGCCUGCAAAAAUGUUCCCUGAAAAUUUCGGACAUUAGUUCUUACAGCGCGGACAAUGCGUCAGUAAAUUAUGGUGUUCACAAUUCAGUGUUUACAAAGUUACUCGAUCUAAAUGCUGAAUUAUUAAAAGCUAACUGCAACUGCCACGUUAUUCAUAAUGCAGGCAGAAAUGCGUCAAAAGCGCUUUCGUAUGAUGUUGAAAAUUUGACUUUAAAAAUUUAUGCAGAAUUCUCCAAUAGUGCCAAGAAAUGCGAAGCUUUGAAAGACUGCUUUGAAUAUCUAGAAAUUCACUAUCAAAAAAUGUUGAGACAUGUAACUACAAGGUGGCUCUCCCUAUAUUCGGCUCUUGAUCGACUUCUGCGAUGUUGGCCAGCCGUCAAGAAAUAUUUUCUUGAUCUUGGUGAAGACAACUGUGAUAAAAAUGUCUGGAAAUUCAUUAAAAGCCAAGAGCAUGAAUUGGAAGACGAUUUAAGAUCCGAAAUUCCACUUUCAGAGUGUUACAUUUAUUUCGUGCAUCACUAUAUGAAUAUUUUGAAUACGCAUAUAGUUAAACUGGAGAGUAAUAGACUAAGCAGCACCGAACUGCAUGAAAUUAUGUCCGAUCUGAAGGAACAAAUAAUCCAAAGACAAAAUGAUCAAUUCUUUGGGAGUAAAGUGUCAGCUGCUUUGAAAUAUCUCCCAGCGAACCAGAAACAGAUUUUUUUGAAGGAGGCGAAUUUGGUUUACAAGAAACUCCUUGAUUAUUUGGAUAAGUAUUAUGAUUUCCAAAAUAGUCCCUUCCAGUAUUUUGAUUGUCUGAAUCUGAAAAAGAAUAAAGGAAAUAUCAGCUAUAAUAAAAUACUGGAAGCUAAAAAAGCGGCAAAAAUCAAUAACAUCGAUGAAGACGCAUUAUAUAAUGAAAUUGUGAUUCUCAAAAGUGGACUACAACACCUUGAAAUAUGUGGAAGUGAAAUCGAUGAACUCUGGUGUAAAAUUUUUCAAACAUCCAAUCUGCCCAAUCUGCUGAAAAUAGUCGGUAAAAUUUUAUCCAUCCCUGUGAGCAACGCAUUUCCUGAAAGAAUCUUCUCUUUGAUGGGUAAUCUCUGGACAGAUGAAAGAAACAGAAUGAGAGUGGAGUUAGUUAAGGCAGAGUUGUGUGUAAAAUUGAAUUUUAGUAUGUCUUGUCAACAAUUUGCCGAAUUUUUGGAAAAAAAAGAGCAAAAGGCACUACUGGAUGCGUGUCAAGGCAAUAAUAAAUAUAGAUUUAAGUUAAAUGUAAAUAAUGAUAAAUAA